CCCGACGAUUAGCACAAGGUCGUCAACGAUUGUUCAAAUAUGGUUCAUCAUCGAAUACAUCAUCACAACCAUUUGAAUUAAAUGAGAAAAUUCAUCGAUCUAUAAGAAAUUUAAAAUCGUUAAGAAAUACACAAAUUGAUGAUGAAAAAGAUGGGAUUGGUGAAAUAACACUGUCAACUACUGCAUUGCCUACAGUUGGAGGAUUGGUAGAAGGUAUACGAGAUAAUUUGAAACAAUCGAAUGAAACGGUAGUAUCACCGGAAAGUGGUUCAAAGAUAAAUAUUGUAACAUCAAUACCACCAUUAACACAGGAUAAUAUAUCACGACCUGCUACUGUAUCAUGCAUUCAACAAUCUCAGACAAAUUUUGAUGAAGAUGAAGAAUUGAUGUUUAAAAAUUUCCCUUGGUUAAAGAUUGUAAUUAAAAUGGCAAAUUCGUUUAAUUUAUCAUGUAAUCAUGAGCGCUUUUGUCAUCCGUGGUGUUUUGAAAGAAUCUAUCGACAAUGUUACCGGUUAACAGAAGCACUUCGGAAAGUAUAUGGUGAAGAUUUACCACCUCUUGGACAUCUUGAUAAACGUAAAGCAAUGACCGAUGCAUGGAUUAAUCGUCAUGAUAAUAUGAAAAAAACACAGCAGCGGUUUUCCGGAUUGUUUGCAGCCCGUCGAGAAAAUGCUACUGUCCGGCAAGGUGCAAUGAUUGAUAAGCAACCAAUGGCAUUACGAAGUUUACUUAUUGAAAAACUUACUGAAAUGGAAGAAAAUAGAGAAGGACGAAUGGGAAAAAAUAAUUUUCAAGAUUCAGAUGAUCUUGUCGAAAUAAGCCAAAGUCAACGAAAUUCAUCAUCAUUAUCAUCAUCAUCUUCAAUGCUAUCAUAUAUUACAACACAAAUGUUAUGCAUAAUUCAUGCACCAUUUUCAACACUUCUUAAAAGUUGUCUUGUAUUACAUCAUGAACAUUAUCGUGAAAUAAUGGAUAUUUGUUGGCAUUUACUCAUACAUCGUGACAAACAUGUUGUCACAUCAGCUGCAUCACUUUUUAUCGUAUCAUCAGUACGUAAUCCUGAAGGAACAAUCAAUGUGAUAAGAAAUAGUUUACUAAAUGAUAAUCCAAAUAUACGUACGGAAGGAUUACGACGUUUUCAUGCUUUAUGGCGGAAUCGUUAUCAUGUUCCACCACCAGGUAUUGACUUUACAUUACCUUCUCCACCUGUUGGCCAAAGCCAUGUAUCAAUUGUUGAUCCACCAUGGAUGCCACUUACGAAGACUAAAGUUGAAGAGCUAUGUCUAAAAGAAGAGGAACAAGCAACAAGUCAAACAAUAAUGACAAUGACACGUACACGUCGAAAACAGAAACAAGAAAUGGUACGUCGAGCAGUACAUGAAGCAAAUGAACGUGAAAGUACUUUACGUCAAAAAUUUCCAUUCCGUGCAACAGCUAUCGUACAACAGGCAGCAUAUGAGCCAGCUUUAUUUCAUCAUCAAACACAACAAAUUAUGACUGAUAAUACUGGAGAAGAAUGUGAUGUACAUCCAACUUCUUCACGACAACAAAUGCCAGUUGCGCAACCAUUCUUUCCAUCAUCAUUACUUUCAGUUGUACCAAUGAUUAUCGAAAUGCUCGAUGAUGUACAAUUGGAAAAUUCCGGGAAAUCUGUUAGUGAUAUGGUGAAAAAGAUUGUAUGGUCAUGUAUCGUUGAGGAUCCAGCCUUAUUUUUGCGUCAUUUUUUAGAAAAAUUAACCAGUCGUGAACGUCAGGAACAUUUAAUAUCACUUUUACGAAAAUUGAUAAUACGUUUUCAACCUUUACCAUGUCAAACAGCUUAUACAUUAAUGAAUUAUUUCUUUGGUUUUGUAAUGCAUUAUGUGCGAAGUCCAUGUGAUGGAAGUGAUCAAGCAAUUGCAAUGGCAUUAAGUAUAAUAUGGCUUAUUGUGCCGAAUGUUCAUGGAUUGUACUUUAAGGAUUUAAAGCAAACAUUAAAGAAGGAACAAUGUGAUCAAAAAAUUAUCAUUCAUGGACCUGAUAGUGGUUCCGGUGGAAUUCCAUCACAAUUUCCAAUUCAUGAAGAAACACAAUUCCAGCAAUUACUGAAAGAUAGCCUCGAUUUUUUUAAUAUUCCCGAAAGUGAUAAUCAAUAUUAUUUUCUUAUUGAUACAAAAACAAAUCUAAUUCAUAAUCCUUUAUCAUAUGUUCGGGAUUUUUACUUCUUUCAUCGUUCGUUAUAUCCACAAUUAACAUUGAUUAAGUUGAAUCCGGAUGAAGCACAUCAUCGAAUGCGACAAAUAGCAUUUACACAUAAACUUAUCGAAGUGGGAAAAGUACUAUUAACACAUAAUGCACUUGCUCAUAGUCCUGAAAAUGUUAUACCACAACGAAUAUUUUUUCUACAUGAUGAAUUUACACAUUUACCAUCAUUUCCACGAAAAAGUUUAGAAACAUGUUUUGGUAUGUAUAAUGGUCCAUUAGGUCGUGAAUUAUAUUCCAUUGAUAGUAUUCAUAAAUUUGUUUGGACACUGCUAAUGUCGGAUAUGUUUGCAAAAAUGGAAAAUGCUUUCAUGUUUGGUGAUUUGCAUUUAUUUAUCAAUGUUAUCAAUGGUGUUACCUUAUUACAUUGUGAAAAUGUCACAAUUUUACGUCGUUGUAUGGCAACAUACCUAUCAAUGGCUAUACAUUUUAGUACACUUUUCACUAAUCAGGUAAAUUUUUUGAAAAUUUAA